AUGGAGAACCCUAGGCUGUGGAAAGUUGUAAUACAAGCAAAAUAUGGGGUGGCAAAUAACUGGUGUACUAGACAGAGUAGAGUGCCACAUGGUUCUGGGCCAUGGAAACAUAUUUCAAAGUUAUGGGGUGACUUUCAACUCAAGUCAUCACUCAAGCUUGGGAAUGGAACUCAUAUUUCUUUCUGGAAAGAUAGAUGGUUAGGGUCAAACAUCCUAAAAGACGAACACCCAAGUCUAUUUCUAUUCGCUAGCAACAAGGAUUCCACUAUUGAGCACUAUUGGCAAGAUAACUCAUGGGCCUUGCAGUUCAGAAGAGAUAUCCAAGAAUGGGAACUAAAUGACUUGCUGAGAUUGCUUUCAAAACUAUCAGAUUUUAAGGUCAAUCCUCAGGUGAAAGACAAGCUGGAAUGGGGAGAUUCCAAAGAUAAAACCUAUACUGUCAAAAGAGGAUAUGACAAUUUAUGCUCCAAUAAAGAGCUGAUUGACAAAUGGCCGUGGAAGCUCAUAUGGAGAACCAAACUCCCUAUAAAAGAGAAAUCUGAGAGUGUGAGACAUUUGUUUCUUCAUUGCACAGUAGCAGCUGACAUAUGGAACAUGUUUUUAUCAGUUUUUGGACUUGCUUGGGUCAUGCCUUGCAGUAUAAAGGAUGCUUACGAGAGCUGGAGCUCAUGGAGAGUUGGGAAAUCCAUCAAAAAAACUUGCCAAAUGGUGCCUGCUACUAUUUUUUGGUGCAUCUGGAAUGAGAGAAAUCGCAGAGGUUUUGAUGGGAUUUCAACUCCUAAUCACUCUCUUAAAGCAACUUGUCUAAUCAAUUUAUUUACUUGGUUCAACCAGGCCCCUGUAACUAGCUUUGAAUCUUUUUGGGAUUGUGUCUGCUCCUUAGUUAUGUAA